AAGCGGCAUUUGCCACCCAUAAAAUCCGAGAGAGGUUCAGCACCAAAAUCUCUCUUCAAUUCCUUCUUCUCUCCUUUGAUCUUCGUUUUUUGGCCAAUCGCCGACGUCCUCCUCCGACACAAAAAGUCAUGGGGACGACAAUUCUUUCAGAUCUCGGCACUGAAAUCGUUAUCCCAAUUUGCGCACUUGUUGGAAUUGUCUUCUCUCUCUUCCAAUGGUAUCUAGUCUCUCAAGUCAAGCUCUCUCUGGAGAAACCGGCCGCCGGCGACAAGAACGGGUUCACGGAAGCAUUGAUUGAGGAAGAGGAAGGAAUCAACGACCACACCGUCGUUCAAAAAUGCGCUGAAAUUCAGACAGCUAUUUCUGAAGGAGCAACUUCCUUUCUAUUCACUGAAUACCAAUAUGUUGGUAUUUUUAUGGUCAUUUUCGCUGGUCUCAUCUUCGUAUUCCUCGGCUCUGUCGAAGGAUUCAGCACGAGUAGCCAAGUAUGCACAUACGACGCCACCAAGAUGUGCAAGCCGGCUCUAAUGACAGCAGUCUUCAGCACUGUGUCUUUCGUGCUUGGUGCCAUCACAUCGGUCAUCUCCGGCUUUCUUGGAAUGAAAAUUGCUACAUACGCUAAUGCCAGAACUACCCUCGAGGCAAGGAAGGGUGUCGGGAAGGCCUUCAUUGUCGCAUUCCGAUCUGGUGCAGUCAUGGGGUUCCUUCUUGCUGCAAAUGGUCUUCUUGUAUUAUAUAUUACCAUCAACCUCUUCAAGAUUUAUUAUGGUGAUGAUUGGGAAGGUCUUUUUGAGUCUAUAACUGGUUAUGGACUUGGUGGUUCUUCCAUGGCUCUUUUUGGUAGAGUUGGUGGUGGUAUCUAUACAAAGGCUGCUGAUGUUGGUGCUGAUCUUGUUGGUAAGGUUGAGAGGAACAUCCCUGAAGAUGAUCCCAGAAAUCCCGCGGUUAUUGCUGAUAAUGUUGGUGACAAUGUUGGGGAUAUUGCUGGUAUGGGGUCUGAUCUUUUUGGCUCAUAUGCGGAAUCCUCUUGUGCUGCUCUCGUUGUUGCUUCCAUUUCCUCAUUCGGGAGUACCCACGAUUUCACUGCAAUGAUGUACCCUCUUAUUGUGAGCUCUGUGGGCAUCAUUGUUUGCUUGAUCACCACCUUGUUCGCCACCGAUUUCUUUGAAGUCAAAACCGUUAAGCAAAUUGAGCCUGCUUUGAAAAACCAACUCAUCAUUUCAACCGUGCUGAUGACUAUUGGUAUCGCGCUUGUUAGUUGGGUUGCUCUUCCUUCUAGUUUCACAAUCUUCAAUUUUGGAACCCAGAAAGUGGUUAAAAACUGGCAGUUGUUCUUGUGCGUUUGUGUUGGUUUGUGGGCUGGUCUUAUUAUUGGAUUCAUAACCGAGUACUACACUAGCAACGCUUACAGCCCCGUGCAAGACGUUGCUGAUUCUUGCCGUACUGGAGCUGCUACAAAUGUUAUAUUUGGUCUUGCUUUGGGAUACAAAUCCGUUAUCAUCCCCAUUUUUGCAAUUGCAGUCAGCAUUUUUGUUAGUUUUACCUUUGCUGCCAUGUACGGUGUUGCUGUAGCGGCUCUUGGGAUGCUGAGCACCAUCGCCACCGGUUUGGCCAUUGAUGCAUAUGGUCCCAUCAGUGACAAUGCAGGAGGUAUUGCUGAAAUGGCGGGGAUGAGCCACAGAAUUCGUGAGAGGACCGAUGCCCUUGAUGCUGCUGGAAACACCACCGCUGCUAUUGGCAAGGGUUUCGCCAUUGGUUCAGCGGCGCUUGUAUCUUUGGCUCUUUUUGGUGCGUUUGUGAGCAGGGCCGAGAUUACAACCGUAGAUGUUUUGACCCCAAAAGUUUUUAUCGGUUUGCUCGUGGGCGCCAUGCUUCCAUACUGGUUCUCGGCCAUGACAAUGAAGAGCGUGGGAAAAGCAGCGCUUAAGAUGGUUGAAGAAGUUCGUAGGCAAUUCAACGAGAUUCCCGGCCUCAUGGAAGGCACUGCUAAGCCCGACUAUGCCACCUGUGUGAAAAUCUCCACCGAUGCCUCCAUUAAAGAGAUGAUCCCUCCUGGUGCUCUUGUUAUGCUAACUCCCCUCAUUGUUGGGAUUUUCUUUGGUGUCGAAACGCUUUCUGGUGUUCUUGCAGGAUCUCUCGUCUCUGGUGUACAGAUUGCUAUCUCCGCAUCGAACACCGGUGGUGCUUGGGACAACGCCAAGAAAUAUAUCGAGGCUGGUGUUUCUGAGCAUGCAAAGACACUUGGACCAAAAGGGUCAGACGCACACAAGGCGGCUGUGAUCGGAGACACGGUCGGAGAUCCUCUAAAGGACACUUCCGGGCCAUCGCUAAACAUCCUGAUCAAGCUCAUGGCUGUUGAAUCACUAGUGUUUGCUCCAUUCUUUGCGGCCCACGGAGGCCUUCUGUUCAAGUUAUUCUAGAUCCUGAUUAUCGAAAUUCAUCCCAAGUUGUAUGAUGUGUUUUGUUUGUUUUUUUUUAGUCGUUUAGCAUCUGUCGGUGCUCGUGUCCGUUUUGUUGUCGGCGAUUAGCAAAUUUUCCAUUGGUACGAUAAUGUCGAUCUGAUGAGUUCGAAGAUGGUAAUAGUAGUAUUAUUCUUUUUUUUUUCCCAGGAAGGUAAAUGAUGUAUCAAUUGUUGGUUCAAGAUACUUGCUAUAUGAAAUGAACAACACACUUGAUCUGAAUUUUGGUU